CAGGCUUAGGGAGCCCUUUGCCGCCAUAGCCAGACCUCUCACGGAGCUCCCAGGGUAGUAGUAGUCCCGACCUCAUCAUCUUCUGUCAGCAGCGACGAUGGUAGAAAAGGCUGCAAAGAGCCGCAAGGCCGAGGUGGUUACCCGUGAGUACACCAUCAACCUGCACAAGCGUCUCCAUGGCUGCACUUUCAAGAAAAUGGCACCCAAAGCGGUGAAGGAAAUCCGUAAAUUUGCGCAAAAGGCCAUGGGCACGAGUGAUGUAAGGUUGGAUGUAAAGUUGAACAAACAUAUCUGGAGUAGAGGUGUGAGGAACGUUCCUACCAGGGUCCGUGUGCGCAUCGCCAGGAAGCGCAACGAUGACGAGGACGCAAAAGAAGAAUUGUAUUCUUACGUCUCCGUCGCCGAGAUCCCCCCAGAAGGAUUGCGCGCUUUGGGCACGAAGAUUGUAGAAGAUGAGGAUUGAGUCUUGGUUUUGUAACGCGGGCACUAUUAUAUCCAUUGUUGUUUUCUGUUUAAUCCAUAUCCGGGAUCAAUUUUUAUUCAGAUGUGCUUAUGAUUGGCUGUUAAAAAUGCCAACCUCGUUUUCAAAUAUAAGUUGAUCAGUUGCUGGUCGCGGUUUUGACUCUAGUUUUUAAUGUAUUUUUUUGAGUUCCUUACUAAAUCACCACUCCAACAUCCGAGAUGCGCGACAUCUCAUCCUGGUAUUAGAGUCCAGAACCAUUGCCUCGUUCUUGUAAUAUUACAGGGAUGCAAUGAAUUGUUAUUCUGGUCAGAUUUACAAUUUA